AUGAUAAAUAAUGACCAGUCGAAUAUUAUUCAUGAGCCCUUUGUUUCUAUUACUAUUAUCGUCGUCGUCACAUAUUUGUCAUCAUCAUCAUCAUCAUCAUCAUCAUCAUCAUCAUCAUCAUCAUCAUCAUCAUCAUCAUCAUCAUCAUCAUCAUCAUCAUCAUCAUCAUCAUCAUCAUCAUCAUCAUCAUCAUCAUCAUCAUCAUCAUCAUCAUCAUCAUCAUCAUCAUCAUCAUCAUCAUCAUCAUCAUCAUCAUCAUCAUCAUCAUCAUCAUCAUCAUCAUCAUCAUCAUCAUCAUCAUCAUCAUCAUCAUCAUCAUCAUCAUCAUCAUCAUCAUCAUCAUCAUCAUCAUCAUCAUCAUCAUCAUCAUCAUCAUCAUCAUCAUCAUCAUCAUCAUCAUCAUCAUCAUCAUCAUCAUCAUCAUCAUCAUCAUCAUCAUCAUCAUCAUCAUCAUCAUCAUCAUCAUCAUCAUCAUCAUCAUCAUCAUCAUCAUCAUCAUCAUCAUCAUCAUCAUCAUCAUCAUCAUCAUCAUCAUCAUCAUCAUCAUCAUCAUCAUCAUCAUCAUCAUCAUCAUCAUCAUCAUCAUCAUCAUCAUCAUCAUCAUCAUCAUCAUCAUCAUCAUCAUCAUCAUCAUCAUCAUCAUCAUCAUCAUCAUCAUCAUCAUCAUCAUCAUCAUCAUCAUCAUCAUCAUCAUCAUCAUCAUCAUCAUCAUCAUCAUCAUCAUCAUCAUCAUCAUCAUCAUCAUCAUCAUCAUCAUCAUCAUCAUCAUCAUCAUCAUCAUCAUCAUCAUCAUCAUCAUCAUCAUCAUCAUCAUCAUCAUCAUCAUCAUCAUCAUCAUCAUCAUCAUCAUCAUCAUCAUCAUCAUCAUCAUCAUCAUCAUCAUCAUCAUCAUCAUCAUCAUCAUCAUCAUCAUCAUCAUCAUCAUCAUCAUCAUCAUCAUCAUCAUCAUCAUCAUCAUCAUCAUCAUCAUCAUCAUCAUCAUCAUCAUCAUCAUCAUCAUCAUCAUCAUCAUCAUCAUCAUCAUCAUCAUCAUCAUCAUCAUCAUCAUCAUCAUCAUCAUCAUCAUCAUCAUCAUCAUCAUCAUCAUCAUCAUCAUCAUCAUCAUCAUCAUCAUCAUCAUCAUCAUCAUCAUCAUCAUCAUCAUCAUCAUCAUCAUCAUCAUCAUCAUCAUCAUCAUCAUCAUCAUCAUCAUCAUCAUCAUCAUCAUCAUCAUCAUCAUCAUCAUCAUCAUCAUCAUCAUCAUCAUCAUCAUCAUCAUCAUCAUCAUCAUCAUCAUCAUCAUCAUCAUCAUCAUCAUCAUCAUCAUCAUCAUCAUCAUCAUCAUCAUCAUCAUCAUCAUCAUCAUCAUCAUCAUCAUCAUCAUCAUCAUCAUCAUCAUCAUCAUCAUCAUCAUCAUCAUCAUCAUCAUCAUCAUCAUCAUCAUCAUCAUCAUCAUCAUCAUCAUCAUCAUCAUCAUCAUCAUCAUCAUCAUCAUCAUCAUCAUCAUCAUCAUCAUCAUCAUCAUCAUCAUCAUCAUCAUCAUCAUCAUCAUCAUCAUCAUCAUCAUCAUCAUCAUCAUCAUCAUCAUCAUCAUCAUCAUCAUCAUCAUCAUCAUCAUCAUCAUCAUCAUCAUCAUCAUCAUCAUCAUCAUCAUCAUCAUCAUCAUCAUCAUCAUCAUCAUCAUCAUCAUCAUCAUCAUCAUCAUCAUCAUCAUCAUCAUCAUCAUCAUCAUCAUCAUCAUCAUCAUCAUCAUCAUCAUCAUCAUCAUCAUCAUCAUCAUCAUCAUCAUCAUCAUCAUCAUCAUCAUCAUCAUCAUCAUCAUCAUCAUCAUCAUCAUCAUCAUCAUCAUCAUCAUCAUCAUCAUCAUCAUCAUCAUCAUCAUCAUCAUCAUCAUCAUCAUCAUCAUCAUCAUCAUCAUCAUCAUCAUCAUCAUCAUCAUCAUCAUCAUCAUCAUCAUCAUCAUCAUCAUCAUCAUCAUCAUCAUCAUCAUCAUCAUCAUCAUCAUCAUCAUCAUCAUCAUCAUCAUCAUCAUCAUCAUCAUCAUCAUCAUCAUCAUCAUCAUCAUCAUCAUCAUCAUCAUCAUCAUCAUCAUCAUCAUCAUCAUCAUCAUCAUCAUCAUCAUCAUCAUCAUCAUCAUCAUCAUCAUCAUCAUCAUCAUCAUCAUCAUCAUCAUCAUCAUCAUCAUCAUCAUCAUCAUCAUCAUCAUCAUCAUCAUCAUCAUCAUCAUCAUCAUCAUCAUCAUCAUCAUCAUCAUCAUCAUCAUCAUCAUCAUCAUCAUCAUCAUCAUCAUCAUCAUCAUCAUCAUCAUCAUCAUCAUCAUCAUCAUCAUCAUCAUCAUCAUCAUCAUCAUCAUCAUCAUCAUCAUCAUCAUCAUCAUCAUCAUCAUCAUCAUCAUCAUCAUCAUCAUCAUCAUCAUCAUCAUCAUCAUCAUCAUCAUCAUCAUCAUCAUCAUCAUCAUCAUCAUCAUCAUCAUCAUCAUCAUCAUCAUCAUCAUCAUCAUCAUCAUCAUCAUCAUCAUCAUCAUCAUCAUCAUCAUCAUCAUCAUCAUCAUCAUCAUCAUCAUCAUCAUCAUCAUCAUCAUCAUCAUCAUCAUCAUCAUCAUCAUCAUCAUCAUCAUCAUCAUCAUCAUCAUCAUCAUCAUCAUCAUCAUCAUCAUCAUCAUCAUCAUCAUCAUCAUCAUCAUCAUCAUCAUCAUCAUCAUCAUCAUCAUCAUCAUCAUCAUCAUCAUCAUCAUCAUCAUCAUCAUCAUCAUCAUCAUCAUCAUCAUCAUCAUCAUCAUCAUCAUCAUCAUCAUCAUCAUCAUCAUCAUCAUCAUCAUCAUCAUCAUCAUCAUCAUCAUCAUCAUCAUCAUCAUCAUCAUCAUCAUCAUCAUCAUCAUCAUCAUCAUCAUCAUCAUCAUCAUCAUCAUCAUCAUCAUCAUCAUCAUCAUCAUCAUCAUCAUCAUCAUCAUCAUCAUCAUCAUCAUCAUCAUCAUCAUCAUCAUCAUCAUCAUCAUCAUCAUCAUCAUCAUCAUCAUCAUCAUCAUCAUCAUCAUCAUCAUCAUCAUCAUCAUCAUCAUCAUCAUCAUCAUCAUCAUCAUCAUCAUCAUCAUCAUCAUCAUCAUCAUCAUCAUCAUCAUCAUCAUCAUCAUCAUCAUCAUCAUCAUCAUCAUCAUCAUCAUCAUCAUCAUCAUCAUCAUCAUCAUCAUCAUCAUCAUCAUCAUCAUCAUCAUCAUCAUCAUCAUCAUCAUCAUCAUCAUCAUCAUCAUCAUCAUCAUCAUCAUCAUCAUCAUCAUCAUCAUCAUCAUCAUCAUCAUCAUCAUCAUCAUCAUCAUCAUCAUCAUCAUCAUCAUCAUCAUCAUCAUCAUCAUCAUCAUCAUCAUCAUCAUCAUCAUCAUCAUCAUCAUCAUCAUCAUCAUCAUCAUCAUCAUCAUCAUCAUCAUCAUCAUCAUCAUCAUCAUCAUCAUCAUCAUCAUCAUCAUCAUCAUCAUCAUCAUCAUCAUCAUCAUCAUCAUCAUCAUCAUCAUCAUCAUCAUCAUCAUCAUCAUCAUCAUCAUCAUCAUCAUCAUCAUCAUCAUCAUCAUCAUCAUCAUCAUCAUCAUCAUCAUCAUCAUCAUCAUCAUCAUCAUCAUCAUCAUCAUCAUCAUCAUCAUCAUCAUCAUCAUCAUCAUCAUCAUCAUCAUCAUCAUCAUCAUCAUCAUCAUCAUCAUCAUCAUCAUCAUCAUCAUCAUCAUCAUCAUCAUCAUCAUCAUCAUCAUCAUCAUCAUCAUCAUCAUCAUCAUCAUCAUCAUCAUCAUCAUCAUCAUCAUCAUCAUCAUCAUCAUCAUCAUCAUCAUCAUCAUCAUCAUCAUCAUCAUCAUCAUCAUCAUCAUCAUCAUCAUCAUCAUCAUCAUCAUCAUCAUCAUCAUCAUCAUCAUCAUCAUCAUCAUCAUCAUCAUCAUCAUCAUCAUCAUCAUCAUCAUCAUCAUCAUCAUCAUCAUCAUCAUCAUCAUCAUCAUCAUCAUCAUCAUCAUCAUCAUCAUCAUCAUCAUCAUCAUCAUCAUCAUCAUCAUCAUCAUCAUCAUCAUCAUCAUCAUCAUCAUCAUCAUCAUCAUCAUCAUCAUCAUCAUCAUCAUCAUCAUCAUCAUCAUCAUCAUCAUCAUCAUCAUCAUCAUCAUCAUCAUCAUCAUCAUCAUCAUCAUCAUCAUCAUCAUCAUCAUCAUCAUCAUCAUCAUCAUCAUCAUCAUCAUCAUCAUCAUCAUCAUCAUCAUCAUCAUCAUCAUCAUCAUCAUCAUCAUCAUCAUCAUCAUCAUCAUCAUCAUCAUCAUCAUCAUCAUCAUCAUCAUCAUCAUCAUCAUCAUCAUCAUCAUCAUCAUCAUCAUCAUCAUCAUCAUCAUCAUCAUCAUCAUCAUCAUCAUCAUCAUCAUCAUCAUCAUCAUCAUCAUCAUCAUCAUCAUCAUCAUCAUCAUCAUCAUCAUCAUCAUCAUCAUCAUCAUCAUCAUCAUCAUCAUCAUCAUCAUCAUCAUCAUCAUCAUCAUCAUCAUCAUCAUCAUCAUCAUCAUCAUCAUCAUCAUCAUCAUCAUCAUCAUCAUCAUCAUCAUCAUCAUCAUCAUCAUCAUCAUCAUCAUCAUCAUCAUCAUCAUCAUCAUCAUCAUCAUCAUCAUCAUCAUCAUCAUCAUCAUCAUCAUCAUCAUCAUCAUCAUCAUCAUCAUCAUCAUCAUCAUCAUCAUCAUCAUCAUCAUCAUCAUCAUCAUCAUCAUCAUCAUCAUCAUCAUCAUCAUCAUCAUCAUCAUCAUCAUCAUCAUCAUCAUCAUCAUCAUCAUCAUCAUCAUCAUCAUCAUCAUCAUCAUCAUCAUCAUCAUCAUCAUCAUCAUCAUCAUCAUCAUCAUCAUCAUCAUCAUCAUCAUCAUCAUCAUCAUCAUCAUCAUCAUCAUCAUCAUCAUCAUCAUCAUCAUCAUCAUCAUCAUCAUCAUCAUCAUCAUCAUCAUCAUCAUCAUCAUCAUCAUCAUCAUCAUCAUCAUCAUCAUCAUCAUCAUAA